GACACAGCGGAUCACCGAUCACUGAAAGAGCCGAAGAUGUCGGCUCGGUCAUGUGAUCAGCUGUGUCCAAUCGCAGCUCAUCACAUGCGACAUGUACACUGAUCAUCAGGGCACUGAUGAUCAGUGUGCCUUGAUGAUCAGUGUAGCCCCAGCAGUGCCACCUGUCAGUGUCCAUCAGUGCCUUAUGUCAGUGCUCAUCAGUGCCUCGUGCCAGUGCCACAUAUCAGUGCCUACCAGUGCACAUCAAUGCCACAUAUCAGUGCCCAUCUGAGCUGCCUUUCAGUGUCACCCAUCUGUGCCAGUCAGUGCCACCUAUCAGUGCCAGUCAGUGCUGCCUAUCAGUGCCAGUCAGUGACACCUAACAGUGCCAGACAGUGCCGCCUAUCAGUGCCUGUCAGUGCCGCCUAUCAGUGCCACAUAUCAGUGCCCAUCAGUGAUGCCUGAUCACUGCCCAUCAGUG